AUGCUAUCGAAUAAACAAGCAAUUGGCACCCUCUCCUUGGGCCAGCAUCCUUCGCACACACUGGACCAAAAGAUCCGUGUCGCCUCACAACAUGGCUUUACCGCUGUCGAAGUCGUCUACUCCGACCUCAAGAGGUACUCAGACGCCCUAGGUGUACCAAUGCUAGACGCAGCCGGAAAGAUAAAGAACCUUUGUGACGACCUCAGCAUCGAGAUUCUAUCGCUGGCUGCAUUCGAGAACUUCGAAGGAAACCGCACCUCAUUAGAUGAACGAAUGGCCACCGCCAAGCAUUGGAUCGACAUUGCGCGCAAGCUGCAUGCGACCUAUCUGCAAGUGCCGUCCAACUACAGCCAUGAUGCCAGCACAGACAAGAACAUCAUUGUGUCGGAUUUGCAGAAAUUGGCGGAUUUGGCGAGCGCUGAGGAACCCGUUGUCUCGGUCGCAUAUGAGCCACUCUCCUGGGGUACAUACUGCUCGACCUGGGACACAGCCUUUGAGAUUGUCGAGGCUGUUGAUCGCAAGAACUUUGGUCUCUGCAUGGACACUUUCCACGAAGUCACCAAGCUUUGGGCGAGCCCAUUCGAGACAUCCGGAAAGUAUCCGACAGCUGAUAGAGAUUUGACUGCCUCGCUUGAGCGCUUCCUCAAGCAAUGCCCGCUUGAAAAGAUCUUUUACGUCCAACUGUCGGACGGCGAGCUCUUCGACCCACCCUUCUCAGAGGCACAUCCGUGGUAUCUAGAGGGCGAAGCGCCACAGUUCACCUGGUCCAAACACGCCAGGCCAUUCCCAUUUGAAACCGAGCUAGGCGGCUAUAUGCCCGUGCUAGAAAUUGUCAAGGCAUGGGUAGUCGACAAGGGGUACACCGGCUGGAUCUCCAUGGAGGUAUUUGACAGACGGAUGCGCAACGCGGAGUUCAAUCCCCAGGAUGCUGGUAAAAGAGCAAGAAAGUCGUGGGAAACACUGCAAGACCGCCUCCGAUCCCCCACACCCUCUAAAAUAUAA